GCAGUCUUCUUUAGUCAUCUGGACGUAAGGGUACGUCUUGGCAGUCUAUACAUUUAACAGGCCCUCAAAUGAGUACAAUUUUAUACGAAUGGUUAGACAGUGUUUUUCUUAUCAUUAAAUAAAAGAUCAGCAAAAAUCUUCGAGUGCAACAGAACAAUUUUAACGCGUGUAAUACAUAAAAUAUAUUGGAUAACAACGCACAUAAUGACGCUAGAGCCGUAUAUGACAGAGAGCUUCAUAAUGAAUGCUUUUCACAAAAUGGGAGAGCAACCCCAAACCGUGAAGGUGAUGCGAAAUCGAUACACGGGUGAACCGGCCGGUUAUUGCUUCGUCCAUUUUCCGACUGACGAAAUGGCACUUGACGCCAUGCACAAACUCAACGGCAAGGCCAUACCAGGAUCGAAUCCCACUGUUAGGUUCCGUUUGAAUCACGCCAGCACAACGGGCAAGCCAGCUGCAGACAGGGAGUUCAGUAUUUGGGUUGGUGAUUUGUCUACUGACGUUGAUGAUUAUUCGUUGUACAGGGCGUUCGCUGCAAAGUACAAUUCGAUCAGAACAGCCAAAGUAAUAUUAGAUAGUUCUGGCUUUAGCAAGGGUUACGGUUUUGUCAGAUUUGCCAAUGAGGAAGAGCAGAAGAACAGCCUGGUUACCAUGAACGGAUACAGGGGCCUUGGUACCAAGUCUUUGAAAAUCUGUAAUGCUGUGCCAAGACCGUGGAACAAAAUAGCUGGAUCUACACCACCUCAAUCAUCAUCGGACUACUCUUCAUCGAAUAUGAAUUCAGAAUCAUAUAACUAUUAUGACACAUCUUCUUAUUGGAAUAGCUAUAGUGCUUGGCAGCAGGGAUAUUAUGAGAGUGAACCUACAUCAGAUGCAUACACAAACUAUGUUUCAGAUCAGAAACCUGAAGAAGACGAGCUGGAACUAGUUGAACAUUCUGUUCCAGUAGAUGUUGACAAAAUGAACAGGGAUAUAAUUGAACAGGAUUACAAUAUGUGGGAUGCAUUAGAGAGUUCAAAAUGGAUUCCAUGUGAUACACUUGAAUUGUGUUAUUAAUAAACACAGUCAAGUUUUUUUUAUAAUAAAAAUUAAGCUGUAUAUAAGAUGUUCAACAGUUCCAUAGGUUAAUCAAGCAAGAAAUACCUUUGAUAUGAUACUUCUUAUUUAUGUAUGAGGUGCUGUAUGUCAAUUUACUGAUAACAAGUUGUGACUGAGAGAAAAUUUCACAUGAUAGAAUAAUUAUUGAAAUAAAUUCAUAUGCAAUUCCGUGACAAA